AUGCUUUCACGUAUAGAAGUGCAAAACAAUUGUAUGAAAGUUCUGAACGAAGCAGCGACCGUUGGAACUGAUCAGACUUCUGUACAGCACGGAUUAAACUUCUAUAAAUACAUGUUCAAAAAUUAUCCUGAUUUACGCAAGUAUUUCAAAGGUGCUGAACAUUACACUCCAGAAGAUGUUCAAAAUAGUGAACGAUUCGUUAAACAAGAUAAAAUUUUCUUUUGCAUUACUUGCAUUUUUUGCAUCUGUUAUGUAUGCAAAUUUUUGAAAUUCAAAGGGAUAUAUUUAACAAGCAUAAUUAAUUUUUUAGUUUCUGGAAUUUGGUAUGUUUUAGGUCAGCGAAUUCUAUUAGCCAUUCGAAUUAUUGUUAAUACUUAUAAUGAUCAUGAAACAUUCUUAGCGUACGCUCGUGAAACUGUAAAUCGCCACGUCAAAUUUAAGAUGGAUCGAAAUUUGUGGAUGGGAUUUUUCUUGAUUUUGGUUGAGUUCUUGAAAGAAUACACAGAGGUCAAUACUGAAACUGAGCAGUCUAUUCUUCAAAUUGGCAAGGAUUUUGCAGAUGAAUGUGUAGUUCAUACAGUCGCCCUCAAUUUGCCCCAUUAA